UAAAAUGAUCAGUCAAUUGUAGCAUCUGUGUUAAGCCUGUGGUUUAGCGAAGUCAUGUAAAACUCACUCAGCCUCAAUUUUGUACACGCACGGUCACCGGUCACUUAGUUUGAGUCUAUAGUCUACACUCAGUCUACUUACUUAACUAUGUUGAUUAACACGUGCGCAAUAACAGUCUUCAUUUUAAACGUAUUUUUAUUGACACAUGUUCGAACAAACGAAACAAAUGAUACCCAAACGUGUGUUCAGUUGUACGAAAAGGGCCUAGAAGCUUACUUGGAAAACAGAUGGGAGGGUUGUGUAGUUAAUUUUGAAAAAGCGCUAGAAAAAUAUCGGAAAUAUCGGAAAAAAGUGCAGAAUUGUCGGUUAAAAUGUAAAAGUGAUGCCGAAUAUUCGGAACCGCUUUACCCAGUGGACAUAGAAAACCUGCUGUUUUUUGAACGGGCUAUCAAACAAACUUUGUGUAUUAUUGAGUGCCAAAAUGGUAGUCCAGAGAUUCUGGAAAACCAUAAUGUUAAUAUGGAAUCCGGGAAUUUGUUUGAAGACCAGCGGCCUUAUGAAUAUUUACAUAUUUGUUACUUCCAGACAAAGCAAUUGGAAAAGGCAGCAUCAGCUGCUUUCACGUUUCUGGUAGCACAUCCGGAUAACAAGGUGAUGUCGACCAACUUGAAGCACUAUCUUGACCACAACGUUGAAAAAAAAGAUAUUGUAAACUACGAAGCCAAAGAUUAUGUUUACCUAUAUGCUCAUGGAGCUGAUGCGUAUGAGAAGAAAGAAUGGCAAUUUGUUGUGUUUAAUAUGGAGGAGAGUUUGGUGCAUUAUCUCCAAGCAGAAGAAGAAUGUAGAGCUCAGUGUGAGGGACCAUUCGAUCACGGCUGGUAUCCAGAUUUUAUACCAUCUAUAUCAAAUCAUUUCACAGUAGCUUUAAGAUGCAAACAAAAAUGUAGAAAGAAAUUAAGCUCAUUGAACGGAGAAAUUCAUGAUGAUUUAUUACCCAGCCAUUAUCACUAUCUGCAAUAUGCUUAUUAUAAAUUGGGCAAUCUCAAAGCCGCAUGCCAAGCGGUAGCAAGUUACCUGUUGUUCUAUCCAGAUGAUGAGACUAUGUUGGAUAACAUGAGAUAUUACUCCAAACAACCAAAGGUGGACAUCACAUACUUCCAACCAAGAAGGGAAGCUACCCAAUACAUGCAGAGACAGAUUUACGAGACAAGGAUAUUAAAAUUUGUACAUAACGAAUUUAAAAAUAAAUUAGUAACAGCAACAACUGAGGGUGUGCCUUCUCAAACUGACAGUACUACAUCUCCUUCUAAUUCUUCCGAAAUGAAACUGAAAUCAGGAGUUACAAUGAACGAAAGUGAUCUCAAAGGUGCCAAAAGAGUUGUUAUAGAUGGAAUGACCACACCCAAAGAAUGUAAAUCUCUCAUGGAAAUAGCCAAAUAUUAUGCUGUGAUAGGAGAUGGAUACGAAGGUAAAUCCCCGCAUACAAAACUAGAGAAGUUCGAAGGAAUAACAUUCAAUAGAGCAUUGUUUUUAAGUUAUUACAAGAUGCUGAACCUUAAACAUCUACAUACAUUUUUUGAAGUUACAGAAAAAGCUAAGGAGUUGAUAAAAGUUCAUUUUAAACUCAAAGGGGAAUUAUAUUUUUCAUAUACUCAGCUUGUUUGCAGAUCAGCACGACCAGAUUCUCCUACAAACAGAACUGAUUUUAGCCAUAAGAUUCAUGCUGACAAUUGCAUCAUAAUGGAAAACAUGACGUGCUUUAGAACAUAUCCAGCGUUCACGUGGAGAGACUACAGUGCCAUUUUAUAUUUAAACGAUGAUUUUAAGGGAGGAGAAUUUGUUUUCUCGGCUGACGCAGUGGGAAAAAAGAUUCAAAGUAAGAUCCGUCCAAAGUGUGGAAGAUUGGUAGCAUUUUCUUCGGGUCCAGAGAAUCUACAUGGUGUCAAAGCUGUGAAACGAGGCACACGAUGUGCCAUUGGAAUGUGGUUUACGCUAAAUCCAGAUUACGUAGAAAAGCAUAGAGACUUCGCGAAAACUGUUGUAGAUAAUAAUUCUCAAUUUGAGAUGGAUUGGUUAGUCAAUUUAGAUUACCCAAAACCCUAUGUUCCUAUUACUUAGAAUUAGAAGUCUGAAAUUCCUAAUACUUAGUAAGUCUAUAAAUAUUGACUUGGUAAGUCUAGAAAAGUUAAAAAUGAUGUAAACUACGGUGACAGUAAAGACAAGAGCUUUUUAAUCAUCUGAAGCAAAUCAUAGCUGCAUAACCUACAAUUUGCUUUACGAUUUGCUCUAUAAGUAUCUUACUUUGGCCACUUUUCUAAUCUAUCGCUUCCAUUUUCGGCCUUUAGAUUUUAUAUUGUUUUCGCCCACUUACAACAUUAAAAAAAUGGUGAAAACCUUGAAUUAUCCAUUUCUUUCUGUCCGUCCGUCUACAUGUCCUCUGCAAAUAUGUAACUCAUCCGUUAUUAGAACGAAUAGAGGUGUCGAAGCAGAGCUUGUAAUCCAACGAUGGUAUUAAAGGUGAGAAAUUUGACCUCGGACUUUCUGUUCCAGAGUUGCAAUCAGAAGUACUGUUUGAAAGUCGCCGAAAAAGUGUAUGUGAUAUAUUAUUCGACGCGCCUUAGUAAUACUAGAACAAAUAUAUACUUCCAGUUUGUAUAUCACUUCAAGUGAAAAAGUUAUAGUGAAAUCGUAUAUCAAUCUGCGCAAAGUUACACGAAGAGUUCAAAUAUCAACUUACUGUUCUACUUCUGGUCACGGUGGGUAAAACUUAGGACUUUUUGGCGUGGAACCGUUUAGGGUGGAAACUAUGACUUUUUGAUUAAUCGUUGGCCUUUCCGAUUUUAUAUUUACUGUAAGGAACCAUUUCUGUGAAUCAUGAGUGAACAAAAAUAGUAUACCCUUAUUAAAAAUAUUGUUGAAUUAAGAUAUGGUGCGCAUUUUGUGUUUUUCGUCUUUCAGCUUCUUCUUGUGUCAUUAAAAAUACGUCAGAGCUACUGUUAGCUCUUACUUUAUCAUUUCCUUCCAUUUUUCUGUUCCUUGAUAAAUUUUUCAUUCCUUCUAUUGAUUUUCCUCUUUUCUUUACGAACUCACAUAUUUGCUGUGUCUAAAUUUUUCUUGGUCUCUUCUUUCUCCUAUUUUAUAUUAUUCUUUCCAGUAUAUUUUCCUUCUGCAUUCCUAUAUUCUCGUUGUCAAAGACGUCAUAGCUACUGAUAGAAGACGUCAUAGCUACUGAUAGCUCUUACUUUAUCCAUUCCUUCCAUUUUUUUCUGUUUCUUGAUAAAUGUUUCAUUCCUUCUAUCAAUUUUCCUCUUUUCUUUACCGAACUCACAUAUUUGCUGUGUCUAAAUUUUUCUUGGUCUCUUCUUUCUCCUAGUUUUUAUUAUUCUUCCAGUAUAUGUAUUUUCCUUCUACAUUCCUAUAUUCUGUAUAUAUAUAUGUCCAUAAUACUGUAAUUAUUGUUCUCUUUCAAUACCUUUUAUUAUGUGUUCUUGGUUUAAGUUCUCUCUGAUUAUUCCGUUUCUUAUUCUGGCGCGUUUUCUCUUUCCGCUCUCCUUCUUUAAAAACUUCAUUUUCACCGGUAUGAUAUGUUUUCCCAGUGAGAGUUAUGUUGCCUUCGGAUCCAGGCUUUUUUCGGUCCCGGACGAUGCUUUUUGACACUCCCUCGGUCGACACUAGACAAAAAUAUUUUGUAGCUGAUGCUGAUACUCUUCUAACAAGUCAUAGAGAUAAGAGGGUUACCAAGGUCAUCGUUUAUUCGUGUAUUCUUCGGUGACUAGGAACCCAUACCAGCAUGACACUGUUAUCUUUCGCCAUUCUGUUGAGUUGUCAAAAAUACAUUAUAUUUUUUAAAUCAAUUUCUCUGUCUUAACAUCACUGUAUUAUUAUUUGCGUCUCUUAACACAAUAAUAGGGGGUCUUCAUUAUCACAAUUUUUUUAUUUAAAGUAGGUAUCUAUUGAGAGUAGUUACGUCAAAAUAAAAAAUAAUUCAAAAAUUAUCUUAAGGGAAUUUUUUAACAGUUUGUCAUAUUGUGAUGGCGUAUAAAUGUCAUUUAUGACCUGCAACGGACUUAGGAAAUCCACGAGGAAAAAUUUCCUGUAGUUGCCUGUAUACCAUUACAAAAACAUAAAAUCCUUUAUAAAAGGUAUAUUUGUUAAAAUCCGUAUACAGGGCUACAUCAAAGACAUAACUAGUUUUCAAUCGGUUGACCGAUCAUCAUCAGUGUAAUCCUAAAAUGUGUAUAACCAGAUAAAAUGAUGCAAAGUAUUUAAAAUGUUGACUAAGGUUAUAAAAAGUUAUAGGCUAUACUCACUCAGAAUCUAACAUGCUAACCACCAAAGUAAAAAAUAUUUGGGUAUAAACCCUUUAUAAUUAAUCCGUCAUAGGAACAUGAAAAAUAUGUGAUUUUGAACAUAGAUGAAUGAGCUCAAUUUGAAUCCUGAAAUUCUCCAUUGGUUUCGCUAUGUUGAUGAUUGUUUUCUCAUCAUCUCAGGUAACUUAAAUACAGCUGACUCAUUACUUUCUAGAAUCAACCAAAUCCACCCCAACAUUAAAUUUACCAUGGAAUUAGAGUCUUCCCAAUCAAUCAAUUUUCUCGACCUUACUAUUACCAGAUUAAAUGACCACUUCGAAUUCAGUAUCUAUGGGAAACCAACACAGACCGACCAUGUUAUUCCAGUAUCUUCCAACCACCCAAUGUCACACAAACUUGCUACUUUUCACAGUUACAUACACCGUCUUGAAACCAUUCCCUUAUCACAAUCCAACUACAAAAAAGAAUUAAAUAUAUUACGUCAAAUUGCUUUCAACAAAGGAUACGAUCCAAACAUCAUAAGCAAGCUCAUCCAUAAAAGACAGCUCAAGGUCUUACGACAUGCUGCGUUUCCUAGGGAUUUGACAACCAAACCUACUUAUGCUUCCAUACCUUUCCACGAAGAUAGACUGUCUGGGGAUAUUUCAAAUAUUAUAAAAAGAUCAGUAGAUAACGUUCAAAUUUCUUUUAAGGUAUCCAACAACAUAGGACAGUCUCUAUCUAACACCAAAGAUAUUAUCAACUAUAUGAAUCGUAGUGGUGUUUAUAAACUACAAUGUUCUGACUGUGAUGCCACCUACAUAGGAAUGGCAGGGGAGCCCAAGCGGGGAUUUUUGCAGUUACUCGAGCGCGUCAGAUUAUCAUAUAAGGAGAAACCUGGUACCCUGCAUAUGUACCUCUACCAUACAUUCGCUCUUAACACAGGGAAGUUCGUUAAGGGGGGCCCGAAAAAAAAAUCUAUCCUUAAAAAAACUCGAAAUUGUCAGAUUAAGAUAAGGUAAGUUAAGUACAUGCAAAAGAGUGUAUAUUGAAAAAUGAAAAACUAAAAAUAUGUGCUCAAUAUUUUUUAAAAAUCUAUCGAAUGAUAUCAAACACGACUUUCCACGGAGAGGGGUGGGGGGUAAAUUUAAUAUUGUAAAUAUGAAUCCCGCGAUAUUUCGCGAAAUGAACAUCAGAUCGAAAAACUGUAAAAUACAUUUAUUUAAUAUUUUUAAAAAAUCUAUCCAAUGGCACCAAACACGACCCCCCACGGAGGUGGGGUGGGGGUUACUUUAAAAUCUUAAAUAGGAGCCUGCAUUUUUAUUGCAGAUUUGGAUUUUUUACAAAAAAAUAAGUAACUUUUAUUCGAAACAUUUUUUCGAAUUAUGCAUAGAUGCGUUAUAAUCGGAAAAAACGAUUGUUGGAAAUGGAAAAUUAAAUUAAAAAAUGGCAAGCGCCCACUAAAAUGGAAAAUGUUACUUAACUUUUUUUGGUUUUAGGACCUACUCUUCACAAGGUCUCAAUAGGUCCCAAUAGGUCUCCAAAGCGCUCGAGUGACUGCACAUUUAGCAUACUUUGCUCCCCUACCAGAAGAACUUGUAGAUCACUUGCUUCUCGCUCUCUUGAACACAUCAAAAGAGAGGAUACCUCUACCUUUUCACAACAUCUUAAAGAGAAAAAUCAUACUCUGAUAAUCCCAGAUGACGUUUCUCUUUUACACGAUAUCCCACAGAGAGACUUCUUAAAGUUGGACUUGUACGAUGACCUAGAAAUAGUCAAAGAAAAACAAAAAAGUCCAAAUUGUGUCAACCGCCAUGUUUCGUUCAACCGGGACUUCUAUCCACUUCAUCGACAACUUUUUUCUUAACUCCUUUUUUAAUUACAAUAUUACUUUUCACCUCUUUAUUACUUCUAUCACUUUCCUACAGUCACAUUUACAGGUGAUUUGACACAAUCCAUAAUGAUUUUCUUUCCUCAUUCUUCUCUAUCCAUUAACCACUAUCAUCUAUCCAAUUAUACACACACACACAAACCAACAUCGGUUAUCAUCACCCACAUACAUACCUAUUCAUCUCUAAAUUUUCAUCCAUAAUUUUUCUAUGACUAUCUUCACCCCAUAUAUUCAUACUGUAACUAAAUCUAAUAGUCUCACUACUCUUUCUGGGUCCCGUUCAUGUUACAUUUUCAUUAUAAUCUCAUAAAUCUCUAACACCAACCCUCUCCCCUAUGUUUAACUAUAUCAUAUGAUGGUCUGUUUUGUCGAACCCUUAGAGUUCUAGGCAGAUUGCAGGGAUCUUGAGAAAUGGUCGCAUGAAUCUUAGCUUGUCUUAUAUAUCCCUCCUAGAUCAGAAAACAGUUCUACACCUCUUUCACCCACAUAGUGAUCUUUUAUGGUACUUCCACAUACUAUAACAACUUCCAAUUAUUCUAAUAGGUAUAACUGAUAACAUUAAAUAAACAUGCAAUUGCUUUUCUAAGCCCUAGAUAUCACAUAUAAAGGGUUUGAUAACGUUUAUUAAGUUUUCUGUCUUACGUGUAAUGUGGUUUGCCUAUUUCUUUCAUUACAAUAUUCUAACAUUUACAUGAAGUCUAUUUCCAUUUUAAUAGACUAUUUACCACAGUGGGAACGACUGUUUUUGUGGGAACGACAAAACAACAGGGAAAUUAUAACUUCCUGUGGAACUGUCAUUCUUGUCAUGUCAUCAUUCAGAAGUUCCGAUAUCAAAAUCACUUGCUUCCAUACAGCCAUGAUGUGAACUAGUCAAACUGAGCUCAUUGGUACCUCAAGCGUGAAACAUUGGAUAUUUUAUUCAUCCAUGUUCAAAAUCACAUCUUUUUCAUAUGUUCCUAUGACGGAUUAAUUAUAAAGGGUUUAUACCCAAAUAUUUUUUACUUUGGUGGUUAGCAUGUUAGAUUCUGAGUGAGUAUAGCGUAUAACUUUUUAUAACCUUAGUCAACAUUUUAAAUACUUUGCAUCAUUUUAUCUGGUUAUACACAUUUUAGGAUUACACUGAUGAUGAUCGGUCAACCGAUUGAAAACUAGUUAUGUCUUUGAUGUAGCCCUAUAUAGGGAUUUUAACAAAUAUACCUAUUAUAAAGGAUUUUAUGGACUUAGGAAAAAUAAUGUAUAGACAUAUUGUUCGUCCGCUAUAACUUUUCCCAUGCGUCACGAUUCAUUUUCAAAUAAAUUAAGUCAAAACAUAAAGUGAAACGAACGUCGAUGUGUAUAUACAUUUUGUAUACUGUAUACUAUAUACUACACACAUCGGCGUACGUUUUACUUUAUAUUUUAACUUAAUUUCUUUGAAAAUGAAUCGUGACGCAUGGGAAAAAUUAUAGCGGACGAACUAUAGCUCUUUAAAUCUUUUGCUGUUUUUUUACUGUCACUGCCGCAUUUCUCUAAUUUAUUUGGUAUUGUGACGGAGUUAAAAACUCUAAUUAUAUUAUAUUAUGUAAAUGCGUGGCCCUAAUGUGUUAUUGCAGUUCCACACAAACGGUCUUUAGAAUACAACAUAAACGGUUCUGAAAUAAUUUUCUUAUGGCAUUUCUGUAUAAUCUAUUAUAUUUAAUGGGAAUAAACCACAAAUAGUAGUUUUCCUUAUUCUUUAAAUAUUUUUACAGUAUUUCUAGGCGGAUUCGAGGAAAUUCUGACAAUUUUAACUUAAAUUUCAAAUUAUUGUUAGUUUAUUUGUUUAGUUUUGUAACUAUAGUAAGUAUAGUAUUAAACAUAAAUAAAUAUAACAAACUGUACCAUAAACAGUAUCUAGCUCGCUCUCUGCCCCCCUCAGCUCUCUCUCACAAUACCAAAUAAAGUUUAAAUUAUCUCAAUCAUGGUUGUGAUGAUUUCUUUUGAUGUUAUUGCUUAGGAAACAUUUUGCUGUUUUGUUAAUGUUUAUAAAAAUAAUGUAGUCCUAUAAUCUUGAGGUUGAGUAUGUUUUGUUAAUUACCUAUUAUGACUCAAAAAAUGAAUAAGACUGCUUUUAAUGCCUUUAUGGAACGUCAAAUGUUAGAACUAACAGUUUAUUUAACGUUGAAAAUAAUUUACUAAAUGUGUAGCUACACUUUAUUUCUUAAUGUCUGACAGCACAACAUUAUAUAUUACACCAAAGAAUUGUAUCUUACAGAACGAUACUAAUUAUGUUACCAGUUAAUGAAGCUCUAAGUAUAAAACUGUCUAUAUUUUCUAAUAGAGCUCUUCAUCUGAACUCAAAAUACAGCUCACGGAGCGAACCAUGGCCGGUGAGGGAAACUUGUCUGUGUAGAAAUUAAGUGGGUGUACGACUCUCGAUAGCGUUUCUCACCGGCUAUGGUUCGUUCCGGGAGCUGUAUAAUGAGUUCUUCUUCUUGCAGUACCGUCUCCUAUCGGAGGUUGGCUACCAUCACAGCAAUCUUAACUUUGUUGGCUGCAGCUUUGAACAACUGUAUUGAACUGCACCCAUACCACUCCCUUAAAUUUCGCAACCAGGAAAUCCUUCUACGUCCCACAUUUUUCUUUCCCGAGAUUUUUCCUUGGAUUAUGAGUCUUAGCAGAGAGUACUUUUCUCCUCUCAUUAUGUGGCCUAGAUAUUCCAAUUUUUUCGUUUGUAUGGUUUUUAUGACUUCGCAUUCCUUCCCCAUCUUCAACAAACAUCUGUGGAGUUUAAAUACUUUUAAAAUACGUGAUUAAGGAUAAAUUACGACAUUAGGUGUACGAUAAUAUAUUAGUGGUUAUUAAACAUACUUUAUUGGAGAAGGAAAAUUCUUCUGAUAAAAGAUUCAUAGAUCCUAGAAUAAGAACAAUUGUAGCUGAUAAACUUUAUAAUUCACAAAACUGAGUUAGAUGAUAAAUUAACGAAAUGAGACAUAAAUAUAGAAAUCUAAGAAACAAAAGUAGAACAAGUAUAAACAUUUAAUGAGCUAGUACUAAGUUACUAAACUAGAUACAGAUCUAGUGGAUGGGUACCAUAUAUUUUUAGAGUCACUUGGUUAUCUUGAAAAGAAUUCCUGACUGUUUCAUGAUCUCUGCUACAGAGUCUGUAGGUGAAUUCUCCAUGAAGCAGUUCCGUUGUAUGCAGGUGUCCCUUGACUGGCUCAUGCACAGUAAGAAAGCCUAUUAUGAUUCUGAGCUUAUUACUUCUUAUUUUCCGCAGUACUUCAGCCAUAUUAGCACAAGCCCAUCCAAUAUACACACACCCAAACUUAUAUGGAAUCAUAUAAUAUUUCUUAUUAUUUCGUGCAAAUUUAAAAAAAAACGAACAUAUGAAAUCAAACAAUAUUUAUUUUAAAGCAAUUUAAUAACAAAUACAUAACAAUUAAAUAAAAUAAUAAAGUAUUUACCAAACAAAUUGAAACUAGGUAGUUGUUUUAAAGUUAAUAGCAUAAAAAAUUUCAAAGUAAAACGAAUAAUGUUUAAAUUGUUUUUAUUUUUUUUUGUUUUUUUUUUGGUAGUCAGUGUUAUCACCCUUAUGCAAGCUUUAGUUUGCGUGGGCACGCUCCUAAUCAAAUUACACUAGUUUACAACCAAUUUGCGACUGGAAUGCAAUAUGCUGUUUUUUGUUAAUUUUUGCUCUCUGAAUAUGAUUAUGAUGAUAAAAAGUUCCUAACACGUAAGAUUUUUGAGUUACGAUUUUUUCAAAAAAAAAAAUGAAUUACGAUUUUUGAGUUAUGAAUAUUUUACUAAUUUUUUUUUUUAAACAGUCAUUUGUAAUAUAUCGCGGAGUGAUGUUAUCAAAUUAACAUUUUUGCUAAAAAUUGUGCAUAAUUUGACAACACUGGGAAAUCGAAUGUCUACGAAUAACACAUUAACAUUUAAAUAAAGAAUAAACCAAAGGUAAUCCUUAAUCAGUAAACCUAUCUAUUUAAACUUAUAUAGUUCUAAACCGUUUUAACGACUGUUACUUCUGCAUGAGAAAAUGUCUGUGUUUUCAAGAAAAAGCAAGCAUAAAAUUGAUUAUACAGAUAUAAUCUCAGCAAUAAAGCCGGUUUUCCAUGGAGAAGAUUUACCAGUUCCAGGACCCACGGCAAAUUGGGAGGAAGAUUUGGAAAUGUAUGGCGAUAAAAGUAAACCCGAUGAUGUAUCAGAAAAGAAUGAUUCUUAUUUUCACGAAAGCGACGAAAAGCACCUUAUUGCAUCCAAGAAGCUGAAUUAGGUACAUGAUUUAGUUCGAGACCUUCACUUGUCCAAAGGCAUGCUUAACUCUAAGUUCUAGAUUAAAAUAAUGGAUUUUUGUUUAAAUGGAAUUUACUAGCCAGUAAAAUUUAUAAUAUUUAGGAACCGUAACCAGGAGCUAUCCUAGUUUUUUACUAUGCAGGAUAAAAUGUGUGUUCGUGUUAAUCCACAUAGUGUUAUGGGAAAAUUGGGAUAUGCACAAAAUUGUGUACAAAAGACUUACUAUAUUUUUUGUUUCUAGUUCUGAACUUAUGUGUAUAUAGUAUAAAAGAAUUUUUAUAAUAAACAGCAAUAUUUGAUGCAUUCUAUAACUCAGAAUCUAACAUUUCACCUGACAAGACAAUGUACGCGUGGACCCCUGCGCAGAAAUGCACGGCACCUUAAGAAGAAGAUAAUUCAAAAUCUAUACUUGGUGGAAAAUUUUAGUGUUUGAACUCGCAUUCAGGGCUCUUUAAACUCCACGGUACAGCCAAUUUAACAUCAGUCGCAAAUUUUUUUUAUUUAUUUGUUGACUAGUGUUAUUAAACAUUUUGUUAUGGUAGGCUACUCCAUCCUUCAAAAGCAACUUGUAUUAGCUGUGCAGCGUUUUGUGGAUUAUCCCGGCGAGCUCUUAUUUUUUCUUUUAAGGAUAUCCCACAAAUACUCUAUAGGGUUAAGCUCGGGUGAGCAAGCAGGCCACUCCAAAUAAGGGAUACCUUCUGCUUCAAUGAUGUCUCUAGUCACUCUAAUGGUAUUUGGAGGUCCAUUAUCAAGCAAGAGAAUUAAAUUUUCGCCUGUUGCACAUCUUCAGAGCCUAACUACAGGCUAGCAACAUACCGGUGAGCAGUUAAAGUUGAUUGGAUAAAAAUUAAAGGAGUUUUUUCACGGAUCUCAGUUCCUCCCCAGAACAUUACACUUCCCCUUGUAUAUUUGUGAACAGAUCUGACAGUCUUCGUUCUUGCUUGUCUUCUUCGACCUCUAAGUACACGAUUUCGUGGGUCAUCUGAUUUUACACAAAUCCUGACUUUUUCUGAAAAUAGCACAUUUUGUCCAUUCCCAAUGUUCCAGUUUUGGUGGUGAAGACACCAAUUUAGGCGAUCAAUCUUGUGCUGCCUGGAUAUCUUGGGGAUCCGUAACUGUUUCCUACUCUAUACUUCUUGGCACUCUUCUUAUCUUUUCAACUGAAACAAUUACACCUGUAGCUUCCGAAAGCUGCCUUUGGAGCUGCAGGUGAGAAAUGGUUGGGUGUCUUCCAGCUGAUUGGACAAUUAAACAAUCGUGCCGAGCCCUUAUUACUUUUUGGCGACUUUCCCUCGCUUUUUUGAACUUUCCUAGUUCCUGUUACCUAGCAUAUGUUUUGGAUACCUGUGUUACGCCUAGCUCUACAGCUAUGUCCCUCUGAGAACAUCACUAGCUCCACAAGACUAAUAAUCUUUCCCCGUUGUAAGUUCUAUAACCCCACAUGAGGCAUAUUUUCGUUUUUGGACGCAAAGGUUAGUUUAGUUAUUUUCGUUCAAUUUGCAACUCAAGCAAAUAACCUUUACCGUACCGAGCUAUACUAUCUGAUUGUCUUAUAGAUUUGCUUGUUUUCAAUAAAAACCUUUAUUCUUCGCAACAAUAACAAGUUUUUUUAAAGAAAUAAAUAUUACUCUGAAAUACAUGGUGAUUCCAGAUAAGUUUGGGUGUGUGUACAUCUUGCCAUGUAUUUGAGCGGGCAUAUUUUUCCAAUGUGAGUUGUGUUGGCUUCGGAUCCUAGCUUUUUCCGAUAGCCGGUAAUGUUUUUGGGCACGGCCGGCUCUAGACUGAAAUAUUUUGUAACUGAUUUUCUGGCAAGUGUGUCAGCUAUAUUGCUGAUUUAAAUGCUAUAUUAUAUUCCCCGAUGCUCUGGAACCCAUAUCAGUGUACAACAGUGGCGUGCUGGAAUUUUUCAAGCGGCCCGGUGAUUUUAUAGAAAAGCGGCCUCCCCUCCUCAUUUAACCUUCUAUUAUCAGGAUAUUUUAUUCGUUCUUCAUAAAAUCAAAAAAACAAAAAUAUAAAUUAUUUUUAAAUCAAACAUAAAACUUUGAAUUCAAUGAUUUUUUUAUUUUGCUAUAUUUUUUUAUUUAAGAAUAAGCAAUUUUACAAAUAGUAAAUGACAUGUAUGACAAUAUUGUAUGUGGUAAGGCAGAAACCAUAAUUUGAUAAAAGUGAAAUAAAAGUUUGAGAAUUUUUCAGUUAUGUAUUAAGUUGGAUCUUAGUAAAUCAAUUAUACAAGAGAGUACAAAUAUAAGUACAGUGCAGAUACUUUGAUUUAAUAAUAUUUAAAAUGUUAAUACAACACAAUAAUCUAAACAUUAAUUUGCAAUUAUUUUAUAAAAUAUUUACUUAACUCUUGAUCAAUAAUUUUCGCAUUAAAGUAAAUUUUUGAGCAAAUUUCUAGAUUAUUUCAUCAUUUUUAAGCUCAUUCAAAGCUUAUUUUUCUAUAGCCGUUAGCAUAAAUGUUUCCAAGUGAUCUUGUGUUAAAUUACUUCUUAACCGACUUUUUAUGCACUUCAACGUUGAAAAGCUUCUUUCGCAAGAUACUAAUGUCACUGAAAGAGUUAAUAAAUGCUUAUAUACUAUUGAAAUUUGGAUAAGCACACUGAUAUAAGUUGUACUUAUGUAAAACAGCGUAACAGUAAGCUAUACUAUACAAUCCUUACACUUUUUAGUACCACACGGAGGUGAAGUUUUCACGAUAUCAACAACAUUGUCAUAUUUGUCAUGUUCAUUAUCACUUCGAUUAAUAAUAUCAUCCUUUAUAUUUUAUGUAGACUGAACAUAUUCAUCAUUAACUCGAUCUUCUAUAAUUUCAGUAUUUUCCAAAAUCCUAUUUUAUCGCAUUAUCGAUUUAUCAGCAAAAUCCACGAGUUCUUCUCUAAAAUUGCAAUCGCAGAUAUGGAAGGAUAACAAUUUAUGAAUUUUUCAGUAAAUGAUUUAAAUGCCGUUAAAGGCAUACCAUUUUUUAUUGUAUCAACAUUUCUAGGAUGUAGAGUGAUUAUAUCAUCAUAAAACGAUUUGUAUUGAUCAAAUCGUUUUUUGAUACUUAUACCGUAUUUUUGACCAAUAAUUCAGUCAAAAUAUGCAAGAAGUUUUUAUAUUUUUUAUUCUGCAGAGUAGGUACAUAUAUGUUUGAAGAAAAUUGAAAAAUCAUAAAUAUACUUGUAUGAUUAAGUAUUUUCUAUGGGAAAUAAGCCACAAUUUUACUAAAAAAUAAAUUUAUUAACGUUUCGAAGCCCAAAUCGGGUUUCGUUGUCAAAAUACAAAAUACUAAAUAAUACUUGUAUGCACGAAAAUAAAUAUUAUCUGUAGCAAUCUAUUCAUGUAUAUAGUCAUAUUUAAUUACCUACUUAACUUGUAUUUUACAAUUAAAAAAUUUUUAAUUUUUUUGAAAUGUUUAUUAAUAGAUAUUAUUAGCAAAAUCAACAUUCGACUAGAAAUUAAAUAAUUUUUUUUUUAGUUACAUCUAAAAAUUUUUGUGAACCUAUUUGACCGGCCUCAAGAGGCCGCGGCCUCUCGGUGAUUGCACCGAUUCAUUUAUAUGGCCAGCACGCCACUGGUGUACCACUGUUAUGUUACUCCACUCUGUCGAAUUUGUGACGCCAUUCCCACACUAGCCCAGUGUCCAUAUGUUGGAUUUACUACCUGAUUAAUAUUUCUGGCCAUUUAGCGUGCUGUCAAACAUUAAAAAAUACAUUAUAAAUAUGUAUUUCAAGAACAUGAUGUCCUAGUCGAUAUUUUAUAUUAUAGGUUGAUUUUAAGAGGUUGUAUUUUUAUAAACUAACUGUUUACUAAUUUUAUAUUUUGGAUUUUUGUAAAAUAAAUGUCUUUAACAGGCA